AUGGUGAUCAGCCCACGACCUGACAGUCGAGCUGUCACGGCCGUGUGCUGCUAUGCCCCAACUCUUCAACGAUCCACCGUCAACCCUCAGGAAGCUGACAACUUCUACGAACUUCUCAACAAUGUUGUAUUGAGAACGAAGAACCGUGACGAAUUAUGGAUAUUAGGAGAUUUGAAUGCUAAAGUUGGGAGUUCGAGGCCGGGAUCUGUCAACCCUGCUGGAUGCUGCUCUAAACACACUAUAUCAAACUCAAAUGGAAGCAGACUUGUAGAAUUUUGCGAGGACAACCGGCUGGUGCUAACCAACAGACUGUUCAAGCACAGGAUGCAACAUCGCUCAACAUGGUUUUCUGAUGGUUUAGUGCAUGCGGAUGGAAAGCCUGUGCGGAAUAUGAUAGAUUACGUGAUAGUAAAACGUUUCACCAUGGCCGCGGUUCUAGAUGCAAGAUCGUUUGGAGGCUUCACCACGCGCUCUGAUCAUCACCCGGUUAUUGCAGUUCUUGGCAUCGCACUUUCUAAAGUCCAUCCGCCCGUCAAACAACAAGACCCAUUUUUCAAUCGCUAUAACCAUCCAACCGCUGAAUCGUCGAAACUGUUCUGCGACCGUUUCAAGGAGAAGUUACCUUCUCUGCUUCCACUCUCCGCAAACAUCGACAAUGACUUCGUGGAUAAGGCGUGGCGUGGAUUCGUCUGGGCUACGCAUGAUGCUGCGCAGGAUGCAUUCGGGAAAGUACCCACUGGUUCUGCUCCGAAAGCAAGCACGAACCCUCGCGUUGCAUCCUUAUCCACUGAACAGAAGAAUCUGCACUGCCGCAUAAACGCUGAACCUGAUCCAGAGCAACGUAAAGCUUUAAAGAUUGAAAGAUCUGGAAAGGUCCACGAGAUUUGA